CGCACACACUCUCACUCGGGUGGGAGAAAGUAAAGUGUGGGAAGGGUGAGAGAAAGCGCGAGCUUCCAGGUGUCUGUGCCCCGCACUUCGGCAGACUCCAUGGAGCUUUAAGGGCUGCCCCUCAAAGCCCUUUUUUUUUUGCCCCCCCUGCCCUCACUUUGGUGGCUCUCUCCUUUCUUCCUUUCUUUUUUUUUUUUUUAGUCCUGUCACCACGUAGGAAGUUCAGUCAGCUGCCUCUCGUCGGCUGGCUUUCUGGGAGAGGACACCCUCGCAUCCAGCAGCCGCCGCUCCGCGCUCCCCCGCACACCGCUGCAUCACUAUGGAUAUUGCAGAUUGCCCUUUCCGGAAGAAAAGGAGGCCGUGGAGCCCGGAACUGACCUCCGUCGCCCUGGUCGCCCUGGUACUCGCACUGUGCCAGAGCACCCCGGCGCAGGCAGAACCAGUGGACGUACUGAAGGCCCUGCAGGUUCCCACUCUUCCCGAGGGCGUGAAGAAAGUUCCUGGCUUCUGCACGUCCCGCCGCUCCAGCAGCCCGGACCACGCCUAUCGCAUCGGCAAGAAGGCCCAGAUCUCAGCCCCUACCAAGCAGCUCUUCUCAGGUCGCUUCCCGGAGAACUUCUCCGUCAUGGCGCUGGUGAAGGCCCACGCCGGGCUCCAGGCCUUCCUCCUCUCUAUCUACAGCGAGCAGGGCGUCCAGCAGCUGGGCAUCGAGUUGGGCCGCUCGCCCGUCUUCCUGUACGAGGACCAGCACGGCAAGCCGGCCCCCGAGGACUACCCGCUCUUCAAGGGCAUCAACCUGGCUGAUGGCAAGUGGCACCGCAUCGCAAUCUCGGUGUCCAAGAAGAAUGUGACGCUGCUGCUGGACUGCAAGAAGAAGAUGAGCCGCCCACUGCCCCGCAGCAACCACGCUGAGUUGGACACCAACGGCAUCACCGUGUUUGGAGCACGCCUGCUCGACGAGGAAGUGUUCCAGGGAGACAUUCAGCAGCUACUGAUCGCCUCCAACGCUCAGGCCGCCUACGACUUCUGUGAGCACUACAGCCCCGACUGCGACUCUCCCCUACCCAAGACGCAGGCGCAGGACCCCAAUACAUACAAGACAAACAGGAAGGGCGCCCCCACCAAAGCCGCCCCAGUCAAAGCCAAGCCGACCCCAGCUAAGCCAGUCAAGGGGGGGACCUUUAAAAUAGUCAAGCCUCCCAUUCCCAACAAAGCUCUCAAGUCUUCCACGGCCAAGCCGCCCAAAUCCAAGCCCACCACCAAGCCCACCGCCACCACUGUCUUCUUGUCCAAGAUCAAGACUACAUCGGCUGCUAAGGUGAAGACCACAACCGCCCCCGCUAAGAGCGCUAAAGUGGUUGCUGAGAAGGUCAAUGGAAAAGCCGUCGUGGUGAAAACCACUAAAGCUUCAGCCGAGGUCAAAGGAAAUGGAAAGGUGGUCGUUGAGAAGUAUGUCAGCGGUAAUGGAAAGUCCUCCGCUGAGAAGAAAGCCGGAAAUGAUAAAGCAACGUCAAAGGCCAAUGGGAAAACGAGCAUCGAGGUGAAAGAAGUCAAGGUCAAAGUUAAUGGAAAAACUGAAAACAAAGUUAGCAAUGAGGCUAAAGCUACUAGCAACAACAAAUUUACUGUGGUAGAAAAGAAAGGCACAAAAAGCGAAACCACUACUAAAACAAAGACUGUUGUCAAAAUAGAGAAGACUACUGUGAGUGCGGCGACAUCCGCUUCCAAAGUAGAAGCUACCAAAGCACCCAAGGCCACAAAAGCAGCAAAGGCAGAGCCUACAAAAGCGUCGAAAAUUUCUCAAGCCAAGUCAGAAGUCAAAGUCAAAACGGUGGUCUCCAAAGUCCCCCUCGUCAAGCCCACAGCCAGCAAAGCUAUGAAUACAGUGGUGGAGAAGUUGCAAAACGUGAAGAAGGUCCUCACCACUGCUGCUCCUGUCCGGCCCACUCCCCAGAGACCCACAAAGUCCAAGGCGGUACUGGACACGGACAUCAAGUCCCUGCACAAACCAUUCCCGCCCUUCGACAAGACCGCGCUGAGUGGCACCGGAGUUCCAGCAAAGAAAUUUGACAACGGUUACCAACAGGAUGUAGACACUGAAUAUUCCGAGGCUGGCAACACCCCCACAGAGACUGAUUAUUUCUAUGAGGAGACGCUGCCAGAGUCCGAGGGUGAGGUGGUCACACAAGAAGAGAACCCCACGCAGCAGCCCCAGGUGGAGACCGCUCUGGAGGGGCAGGAGGUGGACUCUACCACGACGGGCGGUGUUGGUGAGGAGCCCUUCAACGAGGAGUACGUGACUGGCGAUGUGGGCAUGAAGGAAUACGACUAUUCCUAUCGGGACUACGGCGAGCCCAUGCCCGAGGCCCGAGAGGUGGAAGGCGACAUUGGCCCCGCCCUGUCCGCUGUGACAGACGAGGCAGGCGCGGCCAUCAGAGGACAGAAGGGUGAGAAAGGAGAGCCCGCCGUGCUCGAGCCUGGCAUGCUGAUUGAGGGACCUCCUGGACCUGAAGGACAAUCUGGCCCUACCGGCCCCCCUGGUAGAUCUGGUCCUCCUGGCUCUGUUGGUGAGCCUGGUGAGAGGGGACCUCACGGCAAAGCCGGUCUGCCUGGUGCCGACGGAGUUCCCGGACCACCCGGAUCUUCCGUGAUGCUGCCUUUCCGCUUCGGCCAAAGUGGAGGAGAUAAGGGUCCUGUUGUGUCAGCACAGGAAGCCCAAGCAGCCGCCAUCUUGUCUCAGGCCAGGAUGGCUCUGAAAGGACCUCCUGGACCAAUGGGAUUCACGGGACGUCCCGGACCCUUGGGAAACCCAGGAAGUCAUGGUCUGAAAGGAGAAAGUGGAGAUCCUGGUCCUCAGGGGCCCAGGGGAGCACCAGGCUUGAUGGGACCACCAGGCAAAGCAGGAAGGAGAGGACGUGCCGGAGCUGACGGAGCCCGGGGAAUGCCCGGAGAACCCGGUACUAAGGGUGACCGCGGCUUUGAUGGUCUUCCUGGUUUGCCAGGCGACAAAGGACAUAGGGGGGACACUGGAUCAAUGGGACCCCAUGGACCUCAAGGAGAGGACGGCGAGAGGGGCGAUGACGGAGAGGUCGGACCCAGAGGUCUCCCCGGUGAAGCCGGACCUCGUGGAUUGCUCGGCCCCAAAGGUCCUCCAGGAAUUCCCGGACCUCCUGGCGUUCGAGGAAAUGAUGGUCACGUUGGUCCCAAGGGCAACCUGGGUCCUCAAGGAGAGCCCGGACCUCCAGGUCAGCAGGGUACAUCAGGAACUCAGGGAAUGCCAGGACCUCAGGGAGCCAUGGGACCCCCAGGAGAGAAGGGGCCCACAGGAAAACCAGGUCUGCCAGGGAUGCCAGGUGCUGACGGCCCUCCUGGUCACCCAGGAAAAGAGGGGCCCACUGGCACCAAAGGGAACCAGGGCCCCAAUGGCCCCCAAGGAGCUAUUGGUUAUCCUGGGCCUCGUGGAAUCAAGGGGGAGCAAGGAAUCCGAGGACUGAAGGGCCACAAGGGAGAGAAGGGAGAAGAUGGUUUCCCUGGAAUUAAGGGAGACUUUGGCGUCAAAGGAGAGAGGGGUGAGAUCGGCGUGUCGGGCCCGAGAGGAGAGGAUGGCCCAGAGGGGCCAAAGGGGCGAGUCGGGCCCCCUGGUGAACUCGGUCCCCUCGGUCUCAUUGGAGAGAAGGGCAAACUCGGUGUUCCUGGACUUCCUGGCUACCCUGGAAGACAAGGACCCAAGGGAUCUCUAGGAUUCCCAGGAUUCCCUGGCUCAAAUGGCGAGAAGGGAACAAGGGGUCUCGCAGGCAAAGCAGGACCAAGAGGACAAAGAGGACCAACGGGUCCCAGAGGGCAGCGAGGACCACGAGGUGCCACCGGAAAACCAGGCGCAAAGGGAACUUCAGGAAGUGACGGCCCCCAUGGUCCACUUGGCGAGAGGGGACUGCCCGGACCUCAGGGAGCCAACGGUUUCCCUGGACCGAAGGGACCUCCUGGACCACCAGGAAAGGAUGGGCUCCCCGGACACCCUGGACAGAGAGGAGAAGUUGGUUUCCAAGGAAAGAUGGGUCCACCAGGGCCUCCUGGAGUCGUCGGACCACAGGGCCCAUCUGGAGAGACCGGUCCCUUGGGUGAGCGUGGCCAUCCUGGACCACCAGGUCCACCUGGAGAGCAGGGACUUUCUGGCCCCUCAGGGAAGGAAGGCACAAAGGGAGACCCGGGCCCCCCAGGAGGUCCAGGUAAAGAUGGACCCCCUGGACUGAGAGGUUUCCCUGGAGAGAGAGGAUUGCCUGGUACCCCUGGUGGUGGAGGACUGAAGGGAAGUGAAGGACCCGCCGGACCUCCUGGACCUGCCGGAUCUCCUGGUGAGAGAGGGCCCGCUGGCACUGCUGGACCUGUUGGACCCCCUGGUAGACCAGGCCCACAAGGACCCCCUGGUAACGCUGGAGAGAAGGGUGUUCCUGGUGAGAAAGGCCCAAUCGGCCCUGCAGGUCGGGAUGGAGUCCAGGGUCCAGUGGGUCUUCCAGGCCCUGCUGGAUCUCCAGGAGGACCUGGAGAGGAUGGAGAUAAGGGUGAAGUGGGUGAACCCGGCCAGAAGGGAGGCAAGGGAGGAAAAGGAGAGCAUGGACCUCCUGGUCCACCCGGGCCGAUGGGUCCCGUCGGCCAACCUGGUCCCGCCGGUGCUGAUGGAGAGCUCGGGCCAAGGGGGCAACAGGGGCCUUUUGGUGCCAAAGGAGACGAAGGAUCUCGAGGAUUCCCUGGAGCACCCGGACCCAUCGGACUGCAGGGACUGCCAGGACCAUCAGGCGAGAAGGGAGAGAACGGAGAUGUUGGACCUCUGGGUCCUCCAGGUCCCCCAGGACCCCGCGGCCCUGCUGGACCCAACGGUGCUGAUGGCCCUCAAGGUCCUCCUGGAGGUUUGGGUAAUCCUGGAUCUAUUGGAGAGAAGGGAGAGCCUGGAGAGGCCGGACCGCCUGGAAUCGGAGGAGAACCAGGAAAGAAGGGUCCUCGAGGUGAGCGCGGAGAGAAGGGAGAGGCCGGACAGCCUGGAACUGCUGGUGCCGCUGGAGGACGAGGACGGCCAGGAGAUGACGGUCCUAAAGGAAACCCUGGUCCAGUCGGCUUCCCUGGUGAUCCUGGUCCCCCCGGUGAAGUUGGACCCAGAGGUCAAGAUGGCGCCAAAGGAGAACAAGGAGAAGAUGGUGAACAGGGAGAAUCUGGCUCUCCUGGUCCCCCCGGAGAGAAUGGAUCUCCUGGCCCGCCAGGAAAGAGGGGUCCUGCUGGAACAAGAGGACCUGAGGGGCGACAAGGAGAAAAGGGAACCAAGGGCGACACAGGUGCCCUUGGCCCGCCAGGAAAGACCGGUCCUGUCGGUCCUCAGGGCCAAGCAGGAAAACCAGGAAAUGAGGGUCUGCGAGGUCUCCCAGGAUCAGUGGGUGAGCAAGGAUCUCCUGGCCCAGCUGGACCAAAGGGACCACCCGGGCCUGUUGGACCACCGGGUUUGCUGGGUCUGCGAGGAGACCCUGGUGGUAAAGGAGAGAAGGGACAUCCAGGUCUUAUUGGCCUUAUCGGACCUCCGGGAGAGCAGGGAGAGAAGGGAGACCGAGGUCUACCUGGACCUCAUGGAUCAAAUGGACCCAAGGGAGAGACUGGAAUGUCCGGCGGCACCGGACCCCUCGGCCCUUCUGGUCCUCCUGGUCUUCCUGGUCCUCAAGGAGUCAAAGGAGCCAAGGGUGCCUCUGGAGGAUCUGGUCCCAAAGGAGAAAGGGGUGUUCUCGGACCUCCAGGACCUCCUGGACCGCCCGGCGAGGUCAUCCAGCCACUCCCCAUCCAGAGGAGCCCCAAGUCCAAGCGUUCCAUUGACGCCAGCCAACUGCUCCCCGAGUCAGACCCUGAUAUGCCCGCCUCCGACACCGCCGGCGCUGAGUUCUUAACGGCCAGCGAGGGAAUGGAGGAGAUCUUCGGCUCCCUCAACUCGCUACGGCAAGAGAUCGAAACCAUGCGUUUCCCGAUGGGGACGCCGGACAGUCCCGCGAGAACCUGCCAGGAUCUCCGCCUCAGCCAGCCCGAGCUCCAAGACGGAGAGUAUUGGAUUGACCCCAACCAGGGCUGCUCCAGAGAUUCUUUCAAGGUCUUCUGUAACUUCACCAGCGGGGAGACGUGCCUGUACCCUCACAAGAGCAUCAACACGGUGAAGAUGAACUCGUGGGAAAAAGAGACUCCAGGUUCCUGGUUCAGUGAGUUUGCUACAGGUGGAAAGUUCUCCUACGUGGACUCGGACGGCGAGCCGGUGGGCGUGGUCCAGCUGGGAUUCUUGCGCCUCUUGAGCGUGGUAGCCCGACAGAACCUGACCUACCACUGCCACCGCUCGGUGGCGUGGGCCGACCAGACCGCCAAGAACAACCACGAGAGGGCGCUGCACUUCCAGGCCGCCAACGAAGAGGAGCUGAGCUACGAGACCAACCCGUACAUCAAAGCGCUGCUGGACGGAUGCUCUUACCGCAAAGGCUUCGACAGGACGGUGCUGGAGAUCAACACGCCACAGGUGGAACAUCUGCCUCUGCUGGACAUCAAAGUGUCGGACUUUGGGGAGAGCAACCAACAGUUUGGGUUUGAAGUGGGACCUGUGUGCUUCCAAGGCUAAUCACACACACACACGCACACACACACACACACACACACAAGCACUUAGAGACACCUACAUACAAGCCAUUCACGCCCAAUAAUUUGUAAAUUAACUUGUAAAUGUUAUGUAACACACAUAUACACACACACAUACACACACACACACACACACAUGGGGAUGGUGUUGCCCAAGCAACGCAGCAUCCUCCUGACAAUUAAUGGGCGUCAAAAAAUGUAUCCAAAAAAAUGUUCUGAAGAGGUCUCGGAGGGAAGGAACAUCGAGAGGGAGCGUUUUCCUCCCAGUGACGCAGCGUCCAAAGGGGGGGGGGGGGUGGGGGGCGCUGCCCAAAAAGCCCCUAUCCCUCCCCCCACACCCACUCUGGCCACCCUCCUGCUGCCCGUCUGCCACCUGCCCCUCCACUCCUCCGUCACACCGCCUUCGCUCCGCCCCCGCUGUCUCUCAGCUCAUCCACGUGAAAAAGAACCUCAGAAUUCCUCCCAAAAAGGUUUCCAACUUGUUAGCGUGAUCGCCUCUUGUGACCUUCCCUGGCCGCCACCCGGCAUCCUCGUGGCCGGGGGGGGGGGGGGUUUCCUCCUUCCUACUAAAUGUGGCGUGAUGCCAUCUUCGCUGAAUAAAAAUCUUUGUUUUCCUGAGAGAACGCGUGUGGCAAAAAGUGCUAAUUGUGCCAAAAGUUUGACUCCGUUUGUCUCCUCUUACCAUGUCAUCGAGCCUCCAGCUGGGCAAAUGUGCAUUACACUCCAUUUGUACAGACAUAGUGAUAUUCUAUUGUAUUUAUUUAAGAACAAACAGGGUGCUUUGACAUAAAAAAAAAAGAGAGAAACUGACCACCAAAUAUUCCCGCCGUCUCAUGUGGUAUAUUUCAUUUGUAUUUAUUUCUACCACCGGCCCCCUUUCGGAAGACCAGACCAAAGAAUCUGCGGCAAUGCUGGAUUGUGUUUCCCCCGGACUGUCCUGUGCUGUUCAAUGUUGCUUCCAGUGUAACCAUUAAAAGGUGACUCUCUCCACCACUGUUGCCGCUGCUUUUGACUUUCACGUUCUAAAUGUCGAUGUCGGCGCGAGAGACCACAGCAGGCAGGAGGUGUUGGCGAGAAGGAGGGGGCGAGAUGGGACACCCCCCCCCCGCCCGGCCUCCCAGUCUCUGUCAGCCAUAUUGUGGAUUAUUUUUGUUUUUGUUUGUUAAAUUUUGUUGUUGAAUUUGUUUUUAAGUAUAUCAGGGAAGUGGGCGGGGAAGGCCAAAAACCUAAAACGAAAUAAAAAAAAAUGUCCUUCAGAGAGAAUGACCUCAAUUACUAGUUUUUUAUUUUAUUUUUUAUUUUAUUGAAGACAUUUCAACAUGAAAAAAAAUGGUGCUAAAAAAAUAUUAUUUUCUAAUGUGUGUAAGUAUUUUUCUAAUUCCUGUAAUAUAUAAUCUUUUGUAAAAGGA